CUCCUCCCUUCCACCCUCGAUCCAUUCACAAUCGUCUCGGAAUCCAGAAGAGCUCCCAGCCCACCAAAGACCAUGCCUGCACACCUCGACAGCGGCGCCUCGCUCAGCUGUGAAAGCGCGCCGUGGAGCGAGGUGAUGUUGGCGACUCCCUGCAAGCGUGCCAAGCGCACACCGCUGCCAGACGCCACCCCCGCGCCGCCGCUGAAGCUGGCGCCAUUUGCUGGCGCCAUACCGGCUGCCGGCUGCGCCCCAGCCAGCGCGGCAGCUGAUGCAACCCAGUCAGACAGAGAGGCAGCUGAUGCGGCGUGCUCUCCCCGCGGGGCGGGCAGGAAGCUGUUCCCCCGCUCUACAGCCACGCCGGUGGCUGCCAAGCAGAUGCAGCCCGAGGAGGCGGCAGCCAACCCCAGCCUGUCCCCAGGUGCCCCUUUGGCCACGCCACCGCCGCCACCUGCCGGCGCCGCUGCCGGCUGCUUCAUGCUGCCGCGGAAGCCGACUGCUCGGCGCCUGUUUGACGACGAGGAGCCGGUUCAGGCUCAGCAGGCGCAGAAGGCGACUAACGACUUCCUGGCUGAGCUGGAGAAGCAGGGGCGUGACCGCUUCGCGGAGCGCUGGGGCUUUGAUGUGAAGCUGGGCCAGCCCCUGCCCAACCACUCACGCUACCAGUGGGAGGCCGUCACCUGCACCUGAUGUGCUGCAGCAGCACUAUUACGCUGGCCGCUGAUAGCCAACGACUUGAUACC